AUGUAUCAUACAUGUAAAUGUACAAAUUUUCCUCUAUUUACAUUAUAUGAUCAAACAUAUAUAACAAAACCAAAAUCGCUCAAUCAAGAUUUAUUUUGUAUUGGUAAUGAAACAAAUAAUACAAUAUUUAAUCAAUUAAGAUAUUUAUAUUAUCGUUUUCGUACAAUAACAUUAAUAAAUUAUAAAAUUAUACCAACAAGAGCAUUUCAAUUUGUUUCAUUUGAUACAAAUAGUGUUACAAAUACAUACAUAACCAAUAAUAGAAAUUAUAUAGCACUUAUCGAUGUUCAACAGACACAAGAAGGCAUAUUCGAUGGAAUUGAUUUAAAAGAUCAACUAAUCGUUUUAUUUAUUAAUUCACCACAUAUGAUCUACAUUGAUUAUGGUUUAAAAAAUCUUUACUGUUAUGAGUUAAAAUUAAUUAAUACAAAUCCAUUAAUUUCUAUUCGAUUUUUUAUUAAUUCAACAAUUAAACAUUUGAUUAUUCAAAAUGAUCAAUUUAAAGGAUUUUUAUUUGAUUCUAAUGAUUAUAAAUAUGAUAUUAAAAUAUAUAAAUUAACAAUAACUGAAAUAGUUGUACGUCAUUUAGAUGGAAAAUAUUUUCCUCUACUUUAUUCAUUAACAGAAUUUAUUCUUAAUAGUCAAACAAUGACAACAAUAAAUAGUUAUCAAUUAGCAAAAAAAUUUCCAAAUUUAAAAUCUUUAACAUUAUUUAGUCAUUCAAUUCAACAUAUAACAUCAAAAAUGUUUCAAUCAUUUUAUACAUUAAAAAAAUUAACAUUAAAUGGUAUAACAACAAUUGAAAAUGAAGGUUUAUUUAAUUUAAAAAAUUUAGAAGAAUUAAAUUUAGGUUCAAAUAUUUUACGUUUAGAUCCAUUUGCAUUUUAUCAAUUAGGUAAUGAUCAAACAUUUUUAUUAUUAUUAAAUAAUAGUUUUAAUUUUAAAUUAAAUGAUGAUAAACAUUUUUGUACAUUUGCAUUACUUCCUAUAAAAACAUUUGUUAAAUUUUCAUCUAAUUUAAAUGAAUGUACAUGUACACAUCGAUAUAUUUAUCGUCAUAUUGAAAAAUCACAAAUAUAUUUAACACCAAAAUGUUAUCAAAAUUCUACAAUGUCUUUACUUGCACAAGAAGAAAAUAAAUGUCAAUUUGAACAAUAUUUAUUACAAUGUAAAAUUUUACCAAAUAAUAUAUUUAUUUAUGGUAAACAAUAUAAUUCAACAUAUUUUUAUUUAAAACAAAAAUAUUUAUUAUAUGAAAAUAAUAUAUUUUUAAAAUAUAAAACAAAUUUUAUUAUUGGUACAAUUGGUGGUUUAGCAUUAUUAAUUACAUUUAUUAUUGUUAUUUUAUUAUUAAGAUAUAAUCGUCAUUCCUAUAGUCAUUUAAAUCGUCUAUUACGAAAACGUAAUUCAACAACAAUGAUAAAUGGACGACAAAUAAUAAUUGAUAGUGAAGAAAAUUUUGAUCAUAUAUCAACAAUGAAUAAUGUUUUAUAUCAUAGAACAAAUGGAAUUUAUAUUGGACAUAAUUCAUUACACAUACCACUUUCAUCACCAACAAAAAUAUAA